CUUUGUUGAUCCAAUGACGUAUAAAUAAAUAAGGUUGACGAACUAGGUUAAAAAAAUAUACCUGUAUAAUACAUGUAAUUCAGGUAGUAAAAUCAAUAUAAAGUAAUACAAUUGGGAAAUACUUGUGACCACAGAUAUAGCCGCCAUUCAUAGAUAAAAGUCUUUUUUCGAAAAGGAAAAUGUCUACAGGACCACCACCAACAUAUACCGAGAAAGGAAGCGGACCAUUACCAGUAUUUCCAGCACCACCAGGACCAAAUGAAGCCCCACCAGGAUAUUCACAAACUUCACAUUACUCACAAAACUUUGUGGUGGUCAAUCAGCCUGGUAUGAUGAAAUGCCAAACAUUCCUUGAAACACCUGUUCGGACAACAUGUCCAUCGUGUCGAGCUGAGAUUCUUACAUCUACACAUUAUGAAACUGGUACUUUUACAUGGGUUGCAUGUUUAGUUAUUGCAUUUGUUGGAUUAUGGUUAUUUUGCUGUUUGAUACCGUUUUGUAUGAAUGCAUGCAAGGAUGUAGUACAUACUUGUCCUAGUUGUAGACACACAGUUGGACGGUUCAGCAGAGCUUGAUUUACAAGAAAGCUUAGUCUGCAGAUAGUCACAAUAAUAAUUCUUUGAAGAAGAAUGGCAUAAUAAAUGCAGUUCCGAGAGGAUUUGCGUUUUUAAUUAUAUUUUACUGUUUCUGUGACAUUUAAUUUAUUUUACUUGCAUAUAUUUUACUUUUAUUUUGUUUUCUUAUCAAUCGAGAUUGCUAAACAGAGUGUCUUGCUUAACUAAUAUCCCCAAGAAAUAUUUUGUAGUAUGUCUCAUAAUAAUAUUAAUUCUAAUUGGUUCUAAUAUACAAGUCAAUCAAAGCAUUGUAUAAUACGCAUGUUUUAAAUUAAUUGAAGAAGAACCUGGAGGGUCACUAUAAGCAUUUAACCCUCCAAACAAAAGUAUUUGUACAAAAAUCAACUGUAAAGCUGUUUAGUAAUUUUACCACCAAAAUUAUUGUCAUGCUUAUAGAUAAUUUAAAAAUUUGCGCUAGAAGGUUAAGGAGUUUACUGAUUUUGCCAAAAUAUGUCUAUUGUCCCUAAACUUGGACCUUUUGACAAUAAAUAUCAGGUGUGAAGAAAAUUUAACCACCAUUGUAGUUCUUAUCAUAAUCAUAACCACUGCACCAAAUGGUGGUUAAUAUUCGUCACAAUUUAGGGACCAUAAUUAUUCAUAUUCUUCUUAGUGUUUUAUUGUUCAAAUUGUAAUAAAAUGUUGUUAAUGAAGUUUCAAUAAAAAAAUAUGCAUCAUU